GGAAUUAAUAUUUCCAUCAUGCCCAUGUCACUCUUCCCUUGAGUCUUUUGUCACAUCCGAUAGAUAUAAUUCUCUGUUAUCAUUUGGUUUGGAUAUCUUUCCAAAGUUUUGUAGUCUCAAAAUCAACGUGUGGCAACAUCAAGUCUCUUUCAGUUUGGGAGGGACAUGAACUUGUUAUCCUAGCUUUGGAAAUCAAGGAAUGCCUUAAUUUUGCAGAUUCUCAUACUGGGGGAUUCCUAGCCCCCAACCUUACACUGUUAAAAGUUCACGAUUGCCUUCGUCUCAAGUCACUUCCUGAAAACAUGGAUACGCUCCUCCCAUCUCUUUAAAUUUUGGAUAUCACAAACUAUCAACAAGUUGAGUCUUUUCCAGUAGGGAAGAGAAGUGCUUUCCUAAGGAGGACUUCCACAAGUCUUAGCACUCUUCCUAUAAAGGAAUUUCAAAAUCUGAGAUCCUAGACAAGAAGGGCCUUCAACUCCUUACCUCUCUUCAACUAUUGUCUAUCUCAGACUGCCCUAGACUAAAGUAGAUGCCAGAAGAUGGGAUUUCUUGUCUCCAUUCUAAGCUACAGUUUCGUCAAUGUCUUGCCUUGAUGAAACAAUUUCAAAAAGAAGAAUAAAAGUUAGAUGCAAGAUUGCUCACCUCUUUCAUACAAAUCAAUGAUGAAGUUUCAUUAUUUGAGCCAAAAGUUUAGAUGAGAUCAAAUCCCACUUGACAAUAAGCAAGUGCCACAAAAGGCUUGGUCAAACACAUUCCAGAAAAGCAGUUAGCAAAACAAUUGCCAAGGAAGAAGGGAAAAUAGUGGCGAAAGAUUGGUCACAUCUACUACAUAAAAAUGGAUGCCCCAACCCAAAUCAGGGGAUUUUCUAAACUAAUGUCUUUUGUGCACAUUCUAGUUGGAAGGGGGCUUUCAGCAUUGUCCACUUCCUAUAUAUUAAGUUUAGUAUUUGACAAGGAAGCAGAGAAGUUAAUUAAAGUUCUUGGUACGCAACUCUCCAAUAUGGAAGAAGAGGAAACAACAAAAAGGACUAAGAAUGGAAAUGAAGUAUCCAAAGAAACAAUUUGUGCUGAAGUAAAGAAAAGAAAAUUUUUUGGAGAAAUAAAUCCAAAACAAGAUGUGGAAGCUCAAAUAGAAGUGUUAGAUACUUAGCAAACAUAGAGAAUAUUUAAAUGAAACUUUGAAUAUUUAGACUUCAAAUCAGGUCGUGAUGUUGUGCUUUCUGAUAGAAGAAUAGAUACUUCAGAGCCUAACGACUAGUUUCAGCUGAAGGUUAUAUUUUAACUCUGCAGCAAUGGCACCGUAUCGCAUUAUUACAAACAGUGACGUUUUGGUUUUAAGGAGAAUUCUUUCAGUCAAGCUAUCAGUGGCGACUCCAGGAAUUUUGUCCAGGGUGUUCCUAUUCCACUUUGAAAAAAUUUCGGGUGUUUCGGGACGUUUCGGUAAAUACCGGCCAAAAUUCAAGAUUUGGCCUUAAAAAAAAAAAAAAUUCUUAAAACCAAAACAAAUUUGCAUUCUGUACACCAAAAAACCUCAAAAGGAAAAAAAAAAUGAAAAGAAAAUAAAUAAACAAAGG